AGCGCGCGUGACGCGAGCGAGAGGGUGGGCGGGGACAAAAAAAGAGGAGAGAUUGCUGUGGUUGUCGGGCCGGGUUGGGGUUUCUCAUGACAAAAGUUCUGCGCCGAGGGCAGCCGGGGAGCGCGUGCCCUUCGUGGCCGGCAGUUUCUUUCCAUUUGGGACUUCCUUCAUGCUGACAUGGUAACGACAGGUUGGCUUUCACCAACAGGUGAACGGAGAGAUUUGGUCAAAAGAGGUAACCUGCUCUUAAAAUCUCAGUUUGGGGGUUCAAUGUAUAUUUGAUUAUUAUAUAUUGGAUUAUACUCUGGAAAGUCCCAGUAGUGGAUGUGGGGGUUGUUUUCGGAUUCUGUUGUUUUCAAAUUCUGCAUGUGAUUAUACAGGUAGUACUCCUUACUGUUUAAAGGGACCCAGGUGGCACUGUGGUUAAACCACUGAGCCUAGGGCUUGCUGAUCAGAAGGUCGGCGGUUCGAAUCCCUGUGACGGGGUGAGCUCCCGUUGCUUGGUCCCAGCUCCUGCCAACCUAGCAGUUCGAAAGCAUGUCAAAAUGCAAGUAGAUAAAUAGGAACCGCUACAGCGGGAAGGUAAACGGCCUUUCCAUGUGCUGCUCUGGUUUGCCAGAAGCGGCUUUGUCAUGCUGGCCACAUGACCUGGAAGCUAUACGCCGGCUCCCUCGGCCAAUAAUGCGAGAUGAGCGUGCAACCCCAGAGUCGGUCACGACUGGACCUAAUGGUCAGGGGUCCCUUUACCUUUACUAUUUGAACAGCUGACAAAUGUAAAUGAACGCAAUGUGUCUCAGUGUUAUCUGUGAAAUACAGUAAUAAACGAGAGAAUGUAUAUUAACCUUCUGUUUUAAUCUGUGCUUUAGAGUAUUAUGGAGUUAGAGUGUGAGUUGGAGUUGUGGGUAACAUGCUGCUAAAUUCUCACCACUCAUGUUUGGUAGUUUAUUCUCCGUAUCUUACAGCACUCCCUCUGUAAAAAAUAAGAAUUAUUAGAGUUUAAAUGAGUGCAUGUUAGACACUAAUGCCUUCCUGUGUUUUUGUAAAAUACUGUUAGUCCCUGAAAUUGUUCCAUGCUGUGGUCUUGAAAAUCCUGUUCAUUAAAUGAUAUGGGUGGUAAUUAACUAAGUUUCGCUCAGAGUAGACCUAUUGAAAUUAAUGACUAUGUAAAGUCAACUAAUUUUAAUUGGUCUUCUUUCAUUGAAACCUAGUUGAAUACCUUUCUGUGCAUUUCUGCUGCAUGAAAAAGAUUCACAUAUAGUUUGUAAGUACUGUCACUGCCUAUCUUUGGAAGGCUUAGCUGACUGAUUUACAAGCCUAGUUACCUUGGUUAAGACAAGGCUGUUGUUUCUUAGUACCAAGUAUAAGUUAUGUAUUUCCAUGGCUUUACCAGGUUUGAUAUGGUGCACAACUCCACCCCCUGUGUAGCCUUUCAGAAAUGAGGACAGAAAAUUAUAGUGGUUUUGUUUGUGUUCUUCUGCAAACUCAUCUGUUCAUAUUUAAGGCAUUCCCACACUGCCAGUUCAGUAAAGCGAAAGGUUGAAAAUUAAUGUUUGAGUAAAUGGAGGAGCAACUAUGUUUUCUGGAAUUUUGUGCAAUGUGAUCUCCUUGUCUCGCCUAUGCUGGCCCAGUGGUCUGCUGAAAGAACUAGCAUGGACCAUUGUCAUUGUUUUGUGGUAUAUGGAGAUUAUCUGGAAUGAAGUGGAGCAUCUGAAACCUAAAAGAAAUCCCAAGUAGCUUUCUGUUUAUUAUCGCCACCAUUAUUUAUUUGUAUGCCACUUUUCCAUGCUGAACCAUCCUCAAAAUGGCUGACAUCAAAAAGUUUAUGUAAGAUAAUUCACUAACAAUUACAAUACAUAACAAAAUUUAAAUAGUCAUAUAAACAAUAGGCUAAUGAAAUGUUAGCAAAUAUGCAUUAAAAUUAGUCCAUUGAUAAUUCAUAAUAAGGUCCAACAAUAAAAUACAAGAACAUAAUCCAGAUAACAGCAAAAAUAAUAUGAUUAAUAUCCAAAACGGAAUCUUAAACUCACUCUUACAUUUACUUUAAUCUUUAACUUUCUGAUGGUAACAAAACUGUUUAUUGCAGAAGAUUUAUUUCUAUAAUUUAAUAUUGUCUUAAUCAUAUCACCAUUGCAUCUUCAUUGGACUUGUCAUAUUUUACUAGAAGAUGGAGGAAUUAUUAUUUAUUAAGGGUAUUCAACCUGCCUUUCAUCCCAACAUCCUAGGGGCAGGGUGCAAUAGAUUUCACUUCUAUAGUUGCUAUAAAUUAAUGCAUCUGUAUUAGAACUAUAUUUAAACUGUUUUUAAUUUGUGGAAUUGUUUUUAACGUUUUCUAAAUGGAAGUGUUUUUACGUAUCCUGCUUUAUGUUUGUAACUGUUUUACUUGUUUUAUAAUUGUAUAUUUUUAUGGUUGUAACCUGCCCAGGGACUUUAUAGUAAAGGGUAGGUAGCAAAUAAAUAAACAGACCGACGCCUUCCUUUUAAAUACAAAUAUGUAGUUUGAUACUGAUUGUGAAAUGAUUGUUUAUUUUAUUGCUUUUGUAAAGAAAAUGCCACAUUUUUAGAGUGUUCUUUGUUACACUGUAAUCACAGAGUCCUUCAAGAAGUGAUCCUCAUGAUAGAACAAGUUUCGUGCAUGGAUCACACCCUCUGUAAAAACAAAAGCCUGAAAUGGGGAUACAAAAUCCCUGUCUUACCACUGCAAGUAGGAACAGUGACCCUGCUGUUGCCUUUUUGCUGGGGACGAAGAGUAAAAUCCAAAUAUUCCUAUUAACCUGCCCAGUGGGCAACAGGAGGGGAGAAGAAUGAAUUUCUGAACUGGUUGAUAAGCAGUGAUAUCUGGUGUGCUUGGAUUGCUUUGUGUUUGGGAGAGUAACAAAAUGCUUUAAUAGAAAUUGCACCCUUUUAUUUUUAAAAAUAUGCUUUGAAAAUAUGCUUGUGUUGCGACAAAUACACAGGACUAAUUGUGAUUGGCUCUUGUAAUGCAGGAUUCUUUUAAAGAUGCACAUGUAGUAUACUUCGCUCAGUAAUAAGAGUAUAAGCAAUUUAGACGACAGAGGGCACUGUGCUGCCUAUUGUUUGUGCAUGGUGGCAAGAUGUAGAGACCACUCAGGUCACUUAGAGCCCAAGGCCAAAUGCAAGUUCUGUCUGCGAGAGGACAGCUUCCCUGUGCACUAAACAGUAUGUGACAGCAUUUCUUCUACACAUCAUGUGCUUCCACAGAGCAGCAAAUGGGAAGCCAUCUGCACCCUUCACACCCAGAAACUAACCCUGCAAGCUAGCAGAUGCUCCGUGUGUUCAUGUUUUGUGUAUGGGGUGCCGUGUAGUGGUUAGAGUGUUGGACUAGGACCUAGAAGACCAGGGUUCAAAUCCCCACUCAGUCAGGAAGCUCAGUGUGUGAUCUUGGGCCACUCACUGCAUCUCAGCCUAACCUACACCCCAAGCUGCUUGUGAGGAUAAAAUGAUGAGGGUUGGGGGAACCAGGUAUGCCGCCUUGAACUCCUUGGAGACAAAGGUGGGAUAUAAAUGCAAUCAGUCAAUAAAAUAAACCAUUGUAGGUGAAGGGAUAUGGUUAGGAAGAUCCAUAUAAUUACUGCUGGGCAUACUUACCAGUUUUGGCCAGGAAAAAGAGGUUGGCUUGAACAGCACAUUUGGAUCCACUAGCUUCUGCAAAAGCUGGGUGCAGGAUGGUCAGCUACAUCUUGAAUCCUUUACUGUAUCUGCCUCAGUCUGAUGAGUCAAGGUGAUUCUGAAGAACUUUAGGAAUGGCAUGCUAUCUUUGACAAUAAACAUCAGAAAGCUUUUCAAUGAAGAGUAGGUAUGGUGAUAAUUCUUGGCUUGUGUUUGUGGUCAUUGGUCUGGUUCAGAAAACUACAUUCCCUUCUUGUUUCUAGUUCGUACUCAUGGGAGAUUUACAAGUUCUAACACCCUGUUCAAAGGGGAGAGCUCACUCUGAAUCCUGCUUGCUUACCUUCUCUGUAUUACCUACAUUGGGCAUAAUAGCAAGGAGUAGUGUAGUGACUGUGCCAUUUCCAUGGCAAAAGAACAGCUUCCGCCUGUUUUACUUUUCUGAUUUUUAUUUCAAAAGCUCUUUUCAGGAACUUUGUAAACAUGAAUGAAAAAGUGUGUAUGUUGGGGUGGGGUGGGGAGCAAAACUGGCUUAUAUGCUGUGAGUGGCCACUGCCUUGAUUCAAAAGAAGCCUCUUGCGCCCUGAUCAUGACAUGGGUCUCAAUUACUGACUUGUAACACCACCAGUGAAUUUUCUGGGGACUCCCUGCUUCCCCUGGCUUAAGUAGUGCUUCAUGUGCAACCCUCUUCUAAAACUGUACUGAGAAAGGGCAAAGAAUUUGAGUGCCGUCAUGAAGCAGUAGCUGUGCUAUUUUCUUGGCCAGCAAUUCCAUAAACACUCUGAGCAGGUGGCAGAGGCAGAGGCGGAGCGAUAGAGAAGUACACAAAGUCACAUGCUCCUUUCAGAUGCUGCAGGCAUUCUGCUGAAUUCUCCUGGCGGGUGAGUUGCUGUUUUUCAUGGUUUUAAUAUACUGCAGCCAGUGUGCAGGCAAGAGGGUGUUUAGGAUUCUGUAAUGUAGGGACAAUCUAUUGCUUAGAGUCAGUAAGACCUUAAUUUCUGUUUUCUUAGCAUUUGGAAAAGGAGACGCUGUGUUAGGGCUUACAGAGAUCUAGGCUGGAGACGUGUGAGUAGCCUCUGAUCUAUUCUCGGUUCUGUUUGUUUGAGCUGCAGGAUCAUGAAUAAGUGGUGUGAGUUUUGUUAUGAAAAUUCUCAUCGAAGGUAGUUCAACAUGCUACUGCCCUGAAUGUUUCAAAGCAACUUUGUUAAUUAAGCUCAGUAUAUCAGCAUCGGGUUUCUGCUGAGUCUGCUUUCAAUAGGCUCUGCCUUUGUUCAGAGACACAGAUCAGCUGUGUUCCAUCUCACCCGAAUGAAAUGAAAGCCUGCAGUGUGAUUUUCUGAACUUUUUGGUGAGCAUGCAACAUUAGUAUAACAGUUUCUUAGCAGAUUAUAUUUGAACACCUGGUAAAAUAACCUGCCAUUAAAGUAAAGCACUGGCAUUUCUCUUUCUAAGUAGCUGAACACUGCCAGCAGUGACUCAUAAUAUGGUCAUUUUAAUGUGGAAGAUGAUGUAGGAUUUUAGGUGUUGCCAAUGUACUGUCUUUCUUCUUUUAGAGACUGAGCAUUAAAAUCUAAAAUUGAAGAGCAGUAUAACAUUCCAAACAGACUCAGCAGGAAAUUGUUGUUCCCACAGAGCAAUUUCACAGGUCAAGUGAAAAUGCUGAUGAAACAUCAAUUAUGAUACUUAGAGUAGCACCUUAGAGACCAACUAAGUUUGUCAUUGGUAUGAGCUUUCGUGUGCAUGCACACUUCUUCAGAUACUGAAGAAGUGUGCAUGCACAGGAAAGCUCAUACAAAUGACAAACUUAGUUGGUCUCUAAGGUGCUACUGGAAGGAUUUUUUUUUGUUUCGACUACGUCAGACCAACACGACUACCUACCUGUAAAUGAUACUUAGAGAUAUUGCCAUUGUUGUGAAAACUGCUGUAUAGUGCAUACAGCAAAGUCAUCAAAAUAUUUAGUAGUAUACAGAUGCUGGGCACAAUUGAAAACUGAUUAUCUUGGAGGCUUUGGAGGUUUACAUUACAUUAUUAUUUUUUAAGCAAUGGGUGUUAUUCAACUAGUUUUCCUCAGAGUAGAUCCACUGAAACAUGACUGAAUUGGGUCCAUUAAUUUCAAUAGAUCUACUCUGAUUUCACUAUUUAUUUAUUUUUAAGCCACCACUCUUUGGAGAAGGACAUGGGAUAUAAAUUUACAAUAGUGAUGCAGUUACUUGCAGCUGCUGUUCUUUUAAGUGUCUCUCUGUGCCAACCCAUAUAUAGGAUCUGUGCAUGGACAGGACCCACCUUUCAAAGAUGACUGUGGCAUGUGGCAUCCCUUCUGUUGACUAAAAUUUUUAGUACCCACCCAUCAACUCUAUCAAGGCAUUGGGAGUUACAGGUAGGUAGCCGUGUUGGUCUGAGUCGAAGCAAAAUAAAAAAAUUCCUUCAGUAGCACCUUAAAGACCAACUAAGUUUAUAUUUUGGUAUGAGCUUUCGUGUGCAUGCACACUUCUUCAGAUACCUGGCUACUGAAGGAAUUUUUUUAUAAGGCAUUGGGAGUAAGAUUCGCCAAUUCGAUUCCUCUUCAGAAUAAUAGAAUCAUAGAAUUGUAGAGCCCUUUAGUUGCCACAUAGUAGAGAAAGUCCUAUCCUUUCUUUUCACAGCUGGAAUUUUGUUUGUAUCUGAAACAAAACAAUCUGUAAGAUAAAGCCCUUUUCUUUGGAGUUUCAUGCAGUCCUUUCUCAUCCUCUGAGAGGAUCAACAUUUUCAUUUCAGAGAAACACUGCCCUGGUGGUGUACAGUCUUCAAGAAGCAUGCAGAGUGCUGGAGCAGAUGCCCAAUCAAAGGGUCACCAUCUGUGGUGAAUUUGGCUGGGCAAAGACCAUAUAACUGAGGCAUGCUAAAAGUUUACCAAAGAGAAAAGCAUCCAUUUGUCAAAGUUCAGAGCUGCCCUCUCUGGAAAAGCCUUUGCUGCUCUUGAAAUGACUCCACAAGGCCCUUAUAAAAAAAUUUCUUACUUAAAACACCACCACCAAAAAAUCUGGUAUUCUUGCUGUCUUCACUCUUAGUAUAACUAUAUCGCAGUCUGUUCCCACAUUCAUUACAUUUCUGAGUUGAGUAUAUGACCACGGUCAUAUUUGUAUUUAUUGACAAAAAAAGCUUCAGUCUGUUUUCCACAUGUGGCCUUGAUGCUGGCAAGAGAGCUUACUGGGAAGAGAUUAUCAUGCUGCUCUUCAGAUGGACAGAUAGGAUACACCCUGGCAGGAAAUUUUUCUCACGGGUCUUUUGUGUUGCUUUAAAAUAGGAAAUAAGAUACUAGCUUUCAGGAGUAACCAAACCUAUUUUUACAGAUGCUUCCGAGUAGGGGCAUUUUAUAUCUUCCAGUUUUUCACACUGCAGUUUGUGUGACUGCCAGUGGGCAACCACAUAUUGCAACACAACAACAGAGGACAGAGUGAGUGACCAAAGCAGGCAGGUCAGUAGCAUUAGUAAACAGCCAGCAGAGCAAGCAAGUGGGUAGGUGGGUGGCACAGGUGGGCAUUCCCUCCUGUUGUUGCUACAGGUUGAAAACAUUCUCUCCUUAGUUCACUGCCACCAGAAAGAAGUGUCCAUUUAUAAAUGCACGUUUUCUUCUGCCAGCGAAAGCGGUGCAUGCUGAAAGGGGGGAAAGCUCUCUUCUCUUCAUGCCCCUAUUUUCUGUGAUUGACAGUGACGGGGGAUCUUGGGACUAGGGUGAAAUGUUGGAGGAGGCAAGAGUUUUGGACAAACUGUGAGACAGAGAUUGGAAACAGGGUGGGUUUUGAUGGGGUGGGUUAAAGGAGCUGUAAGGAUAUGGGAGUUGUCAAGACAGUGCAGGGAUUGGCAGGGUUGGCGAGCAAAUGAGAGUCCCAAGUGCUGACAGUUGAACAUUAGUAGGACCAAAUCAUUUCAUUGUCUUCUCUGCUGCCCCAGCCUCCCAGCAUAGUAUUACAUCAUUUUUUAUUUGAUGUGUAAAUGUUUUACCCAUACAGUUGAAAAAUCUGAGAUUUCUGAAGACAAGUACAGGCUAGUGAGAUCCUGCCAUUUUUGCUGCUCCACUUCGUUCUGUGUUCACUUUUAUGACAGGUGAAGUCACUUUUAUUGGCAGCUCUUUCUUAAUACCUUUUGACAGUUAUCAGUUCCAACAUAUUUCUUGUUUUGGACUCAAAAACCAGUAACAAUGAUAGGUGUCUUUUUUGGGAGGGGGAGGGGAGAAAAAAAUACACUGCCCUGAGAAAUGUGGGAGAGCUAUUAUGCCUUACUAAUCCCUGUGAAAAUCAUUAACAGAAUGGUCUCCUGUUGUUUGCUCAGUUUUUAAUCCUCACAGUGUUAUCUAAAGUAAUCUUACUUCUGAAGAGACAAGAUUUAUAGACCGCUCUGAUUGGAGGAGGUUUGGACCUGUCUUUUGUAAUACUGCAAUUAAAUGCUUCAGACUUGAGGGGGUCUUCAUCAAACCCGCUUUGUUGCAUGAAGGAAAAGGAAUUCCCCAAACCCCUUAUUACCAGAAGAGGAAUUUUUGAAUUGUUGGCUUGAAUAUGCAUUUCUUUAUUUGAUAUAUAUAUAGAGAUAGAUAUAUUUAAAGUAUUCAUUAUCAAAAAUUUCCCCUAGAUGUAAGCAUGCUAAAAUUUCCACAGGAAAAAUCUCUAGAUUUCCAUAGAAAGCCUUUGUUCCUUCUUCAUGAAUGACUCAUAGAGAAGUUUCUACACAGAGCUUUCAACUUCCUUGUGAAAAAAAUACGUUCCUAUGACAUUGUCUUGUUUUUCCUCUUUACUGAUGGGGUUUCUAGCAACUGCUCUGUAAAGUGUGAUCUAGAUUCUAAUCCUCACUUGUUUUGUUAUUCUGGAUUAGUUCUAAAUUCAUGCUUGUGAGAAAAUUGCCACUAUUAUUUAAUCAGUGACUGACAAACUGUUGUUGGAGGCACCUCUGCCUGAAGUUAACCUUUUUGAGACUCUCUCCUUUCUUCACUCUGAAAUAAGUAGACAUAUACGACUCCUCACAUUUUCUGUAACCUUAAAAUAUAAAGAUACAUCUUAGAUCAGCCAAGAAGGCCCUCUUGAUUGUUUGGAAGCAAGGUGUGCCUUGGUGGCUGCAGCAUUAAUUUGGAAAUUCUGUUAUUUUGAGAUUGAGCAAGCUUCAGCACUUUUGAGAAGCAUUGGGAAAUUACCCUUUUGGGGGCUGACUUCCAGUGGUUAGAUUUAAGAUUUUAAGGGGCAGGGAUUUUAGUAAGUGUUUCCAUCUUAUUUUAUUACCCAUGUUGUUGUUAAACUGGAACCUUCCCCAAGGAUAAGGGAACCUGCCAUGAUGCUCUUGGAACUUGCUCUGAAGCCUCUAGUUCUGAUCUCUUCGGGAGACCUUGUCCUUGGCAGAAUGGAUGGUGUGGUAGAUUUUGUUAUGACUUAGCACUGCCUUGUUGGCCUUGGUGCCAUCAUUUGUUUGUGUACAAUGAUAUGACUCUUACUCUCUCAUAGGCAUAGUGUCUGAUAGUCUUAGUGUUGCAGGGCCAUCUGUUCAUCUGCAGGUGUUUUAGUUUUGCACACUGAAAAUGUAUUUGGGUGCCAGACAGGAAAGUGUUGAUAUGACUGGCAAAUGGGGUGAGAAAAUGCAACUCUGUAAAGUUAAUAGUUCCACAUUUCUCACUGUUCAGUCAGCAAUCUCAAGGCAUCUGUAGAGGGGGCAAGAGGGUUGCUAAACACUUUUCCAGCUGUCUUGGAUGAGUGCAGCCUAGACUGCAAUGCUACCCAGUACAAAGCUGAAUUGUUGGUGUGAGUGGCAGUUUCUCUCUGUGCCUAGGAAAACAGAGAGGGAGAGGAAACCACUAGCUUCUGGCUGGAAGUUCUUGACAAAUAAAGUUAAAUUAUAUGAAACUUCAGCAUAGGCUUUCGUUCAGAACACAAAGCAUACUUGCAAAACAAAGUAAGGCUACAGUCUUAACUCAACUUAUCUGAGCGUAAGCUUCAUUGAAAUCAAUAGGACUUAAUUCUGAGUAGGCAUGGUUAGACUUCUGCUGUAAGUCUGGGUUUAAUGGCAUUGAACAGCUUUCCUCAGCCUGGUGUGCCCUUCAGUGUUUUGAAUUCACUCCCAUCAGCCCCCGUCAGCAUGACCAACAGUUAAGAAUGAAAGAAGUUGUAGUCUGAAGCAUUUGAAGGAUAACAGAUUGGAGAAGGGCGACUAAGAAGGUAAGGAAACAAGCAUUUGAGGCAGAAAUAAAUCAGAAUUUCCUGCUGUCUGUAUGCCAUUUACAGGUUUUUAUUCAAAAAGCAGCAAUUUUAUUGAGAAAAUAAUAAAUACAGUUUAAUAUAGCUUACAUAUCAUAAAUAUGCAAGAAUGCCAUCACCCUGAAGUUUGAUUGGGCACAGAUAGGUGGCACUGUGAAUGAUGAAGGGAAGUGAGCUGCGGAGGGGCAGUUGGAACAGGCUGCAGCAGCCCUGGACCACUGGCUGCAUUUUAAACUGCAGGCUUCUCUGUGGCUUCCUUCAGCAGCAUCAAGUGCUUGGAAACCCCACAAGAGAUUUUGACAGGAGGGUGGAACAAUCAUGUGAUACAAUAAUAAUGUCAUGUGCGUGGCAGGUGGGUUGCUCUCCCUACUUGUCAAAGCUAGCAUGUGGGUUGGGACCCAAAACACUUGCCCACUCUUGGUGUAAGAGGUUAAUGGGGAGGGAAUGGAGAUGGUGGGGGGGGGAAUAGGUGGGAUUGGCAAGCAUCUUUAUGUAUAGGCGGCUGCUUCAUCAGCAGGAGAGCAAAUCUACAGGAUGACUAUGCAGUUUUUGUCCUGUUAGAUCUCUGUCUUCAGGUAAGAGAGUGUUUGUGCUGAUUGCAGUGAGUGGUACUGCUUGAAUGCUAGUUGAGUGGAUAUAGCUGGAGUGUAGAUGCAGAAUCUGAUGUGUACCAGGGUAUCCCCAAAGCCUUAUGAGGAAUGGUUGAGGGAGUUGGGUAUGUUUAGCCUGGAGAAGUGAAGAUUGAGAGGUGAUAUGAUAGCCAUAUUCAAAUAUCUGAAGGGCUAUUGCAUGGAAGAUGGAACAAACUUGUUUUCUGCUGCUCCAGGGGGUAGGACCCAAAGCAGUGGAUUCAAAUUACAGGAAGGGAGAUUCUGUCUAUACAUGAGAAAGAACUUUCUGGUGGUAAGACCUAUUCGACGGUGGAAUUGACUACCUCAGAGGUUGGAUGGUCAAGGAUAUGUUAAGGAUUUCUCAGCUAUGAUUCCUGAAUUGCAGGGGGUUGGACUAGAUGACACUCAGGGUUCCUUCAAACUCUAUAAUUCUAAAAUUCUAAGACACUGAAAAUGAGUAGGGAGCAGGCCUGUGAAAGCCAGGAAGAGGAGAAACUUGGUUUGGUGGGUUCCCUCUGAGUGAGAAACAGCAUAAGGAGAGUUAUGAAGUUACUACCUUCCACCUGAAAGUGUGGGAUGUGCCUAUUGCUGGACAUUUGUUUAACUCUGGCCCUAAUUGCCCAGCUGUAUAGUGUGACAUUGGAUGAUGGUGCCAGGAUGUGUCUGGGUGGGCAGCUAGGAAGGAGUUGUGAGUAUGUUUCCCCAGUUUCAGUGGUGAUGGGCAGGGGAAAGUAUAGCUGGAGUUGAGUGGCUGACUAGGAAUGUAGCUGGUCUAUUGACCGCCCUGUUGCCCAGUGGCAGAGCCACCAUGGGACUGUUUUAAAUGGUCAUUGGUCCAACACAUCAGACAGGGCACACUUGAUGUUGUCUUUAGCCCAAGUGAUAUGAGGGAUAGAUCAAACAUUUUUGGGGAGGGGGGAUGCAAUUCAGUCUCUUGUCAUGGUUGGAACAUUAGUAGUCAUGGUGGUGGGCCUGUUUGGAUGGCCCACUCUCAGAGACUAAUGGAACUAGAGGGGUUCCUGAAUUCUUGAGGAAUUCCUAAACACUCUGGACAAUCCUGUUGAUGCCCUGGUUUCACUAUGGGGUAGUGAGAUGAAAUGAGUGGUUGACAUGAGCUCUCCCUGAGCAUCCUCUUUGGCAUUGUGGAGCCAGGACAGCUCCUUGGUAUUCUAGAGAGCUUCGGGAUAUGAAGCAAGCAGAAUGAAGACUAGAGCGCAAGUGACACAAGUCUCACUCUGAAGUUGACUGAACGCUGGUUAGUGCAGUAACUGUGCCAACUGUGUGGCAGUGCAUGCAAGCUGCAAAGAAGGCUCAUUCACAGCUUGCAUUGCAUUCUCUAGUCUUUGGCCAGUGGAAUUAUUUCAAACAUUCUGGAGGUUACUGACUUCCACUGUGGGGGAAGGACCUCUGGAGCAUUAGAGGACCUACUGUGACCAACUGGCUAUAUAUUUUGAAGAUAAAGUCACUUGACUUCAGAGUGACCUUAAUUCUGCGGUUAUUGCAGUUCUAGAUGAAAUACCCAAUGCCAUAGUCAGUGAUGUUGUGAGAUCAGUUUCAGCUGAUGCAGUCUGCUGAUGUAGACAAGGUGCUGGCUAUAUGCCUGACCAUGUGUCCUCUUGAUCCCUGUCCCUCCUGGGACACUCUUAGGCCAGAGUGUGGUUAGCACUGAUGUCCGUAAGGGGAUGGUGUCUACUCCCUUGAAAGAGACUGUGGUUCAACCUCUCCUGAGGAAAACUAGGCCUGAACUCCUUGGACUAGAAUAUCAACCAGUUGCAACUACCUUUAUUGGGGAAUGUGGUGAAGAGAAUUCUGGUAGGGCAGCUGCAAGCAUUAUUGGAUGUCAUGGAUUAUUUAGGUCUGUUCCUAUCUGGGUUCAGGCCUGGCCAUGGGAUUGAGUGUCUCUUGGUUGCCCUGAUGGAUAACCUUUUCGAAUAGUGGGACAAGGGGAGUGCAACUUUGCUUUUGCUUCUCGCUCUGUUUGCAACUUUCAGUAUCAUUGACAAUGGUAUCCUACUGGACUGACACUGUCAAAUGGGAAUUGGAGGGCACUGUAUUCCUAUGGUUCCUGUCCUACCUACAGGACAAUGCUUUUGGGGAGAGUGCUUUGUUGCCCCUUGCACUUACAUGAAGCAGCAUGACACUAUUCUUUCCCCAGUGCUAUUUAAUAUUUACAUGAACCUGCUUGGAGCUGUCAUUAGGAGUUUGGAGGCAAUGAGUUAUCAGUAUGCUAAUGACACUUCUACGUGUUUUUAAAUAACUACUUUAACUGCUUUUAUACUGAGGUUUAAUGCUUUACUUUAUACUUACGACCACUUAGAGGUUUUCUCACAGUCAAGCAGUAUUUAAAUUUUGUAAAUAAAUAAAAUAAAUCUCUAACCCCAUGCCCAGAAUACAUUCUGGAUUGUCCUGCCAUCUCAGUAAAAAGAAGAAAAGAAAAACAAGUAUUUAAACACUUAAAUAAAAAAAUUCCUUCAGUAGCACCUUAAAGACCAACUAAGUUUUUAUUUUGGUAUGAGCUUUCGUGUGCAUGCACACUUCGUCAGAUACCACGAAAGCUCAUACCAAAAUAAAAACUUAGUUGGUCUUUAAGGUGCUACUGAAGGAAUUUUUUUUAUUUUGCUUCGACUCAGACCAACACGGCUACCUACCUGUAUUUAAACACUUAUAAUUGUUGAACUGCCCUAGAAUAUGCAGAGUGGAAGUUUCCAGUGUUGGGAGGAGUGGAAAGUUUUUAAAUUUCAUAAUUAAAGUAGAAAUUGGUUUCCUAUUCUUUGACUGUCUGUUGAGCAUUACGGCCAAAAAUUUCCAUGUUGGAUGCCAAGUGUGUAGACAGCUAAAUAAAAAGUUUUCUCUCUCUUCUCUUUUCAGGGAUGCCAAGCAUCUCUUAAUCUUGGGUCACUAGAAAUCCCCUGAUUUCUGGAUACUAAAUCUGGAAAAGAUUAUUCUGGAAGACAGCUAAUAAAAUAAGUAAAAUAUGCUGGCUGGGUUGUGCCACUAGAAUGUAUUCCAGGUGGGCCACUAGUCCCUUGUUAUAACAUGCUUUCUGAGCAGAAAUAUACUGUAUAUCCCCAGGAUUCUUGGUCUCAAUCUGAAUCUAGUCCAUCACUUAGUAGCCAUUCUGACUGCUAACUUGGACCAGCAGUCCUUUCUUUUUCAUGGAUACUGCACUUGUCACUGAUGCCUCAUCAAAGAACUGGAGUUGCAGUAGUGAUGCAUACCCAGACAACUGGGGUUUCGGAGAUCCUUUUUCUGUUCUCUUUCUCUCAGGUGUUUUCAGCAUGUUGUUUCCUUUGCUGCUGUUCCUGGGGAACGGAUGGAUGAUUGUUUCUGCCACCCCGAAUGUGUCUGCCAUCCCUGUGAAGUUGUGGGCCUGUCUGCCAAAAGGAGGAGUAGCUGAAGCAAAGUUGCUUUGUCACAUGCAUGGAUUGUACGCCAAUGGAUCCAACCCUGGAGUGUUCCAGAGCUUCUACAUGUUCCAUGCCGUCUCAGACUCAGUCAGCUGCCACUGGAGAGACAUAGCCAACUGCACCCUCAAGACCAGUGGAGAAGUUGGACAUUUUUGUUACAGCAUGCAGACUGCCAGUUCAAGUAUUCGCAUUCCUGUUUCUUGCCGACCUUUGCCUACACACCUGGAUUCUCGUUCAGCCGGAAGCAGCAGCAUCCAGGAAGGUUCAUGCGAUGUUGCCCUCAUUUCUGCUGCUUUAUGGAAACCUGGUGCACCGCUGCAUCUGCGAACUGUUGUUGGAACCCAGAACACUAGGUUUCCUGGAGAUCAGUUCCAGCUGUCCUUGAUUUCACCCUCCGGAAAUAACAUCACACGCCUGAUCGUUAAUUGGGAAUCAAAGGAGUGGGAAUUAAAGGGAAUGGACUUAAUUCGACAGGGGCCACCAGACUGGGUGGUGCCGAUCAGGGGGACACACUGUGACCAACAAAUGUCCUCUAUUAGGUUUAAAUUUUAUGGUUAUGUUGCCAUCACGGAGGAAAUAAGUGAGCAAGGUUCAUACCGGGUAGAAUUUGGCUCUCAAAACAAAACAAUUCUUACAUUUAAUCCCCUGAUCACAGACAUCCUCCCACUUCGCCGUUUGACCAACCCCAUCGUCGGGUCUCAUGUGUUGAAAUUAGAUCAGCCUGAACAAAUUGUCAUGCACCCCCAGACCUCACUAAAGGAGGUGCAAAUUCAUUUUGAGGGGUUGAAUGUGUCACAGAGAGCACCUCAAUGUGCUCCCUUUCUCGGAGUCAGCCACAGAGGUUGGAUGGAGUGGGUUAAAAUGUGGGAUGGAGUACAUCAUGGGGAAAGGGUUAAAAGAGAGCUGAUGGAUUGGCUUGGGCCCCUAGGAGCAGGUCUUUCUUUCAUAGAUGCAGCCAACAUAGAAGUCUUGGCUAAUAAACUUUCAUAUUCCACAAAACAAAUAGGGAAACUGACCGGCCCAUUAACCAAAUCUCUCUUGCAGCUCACAGAACAACCACAAGCUAUCAGUAAAGUGCUUCCAGUCUGGGAAGCAAUAUUAGAAGAGGACAGCACGUUGAUAGUGUCUGGAAUCCAGUCCCUCCAAAGCAAUGUUUCAUUGGCUUUAGCAUGUGAACAGGCACAAGCAAUCACACAGAAUGUAGUCAUGGGAAUGAUUCGAGAGGCCAAGGCGGGAAACAUUCCCAUGGAGGUGAGCAAUUUAAUUCGGCCAGAGCUCACUUCAGGAGAAAUAGCCUUGGAGGCUUGGUGGAGGUUGCUAAAUGCAUCUUAUGAUUCUGCCCAGAAUAUGCUGCGGUUAUUUUUAAUAACCGUAGAAGCCACCCAGAUCAUCCCAAUCUAUCCAGUGGUCCCCUUGGGAUUCCAGAUUGACAAAGAUUUGGUCAUGUAUUCCAGGGACUCCAAUAGGUGGGCACGGAUGAGGAAUGGUGACUGGCAAACAGUUAAUGUGCAAGGUUGUGUGAAAAGGGAAAACUUGGGCUUUGUAUGUGAUGACAACAGUUUAGAAGAACACCAUGAAUGCUUCUCUCCUCAGCUUGUAAAUAGUUCCCACUGCUCUUUUGAUGUAAUCCAAGAAGAAAGUUCUACUGUUGUGUAUACUGGGAAGGGAUGUAUUUGUGUAAGAACGCCAUGUGAGUUUGUAAUCAUUAAUGGUCUGGUUAUCCAGCCUAUGCUGCCUUAUAUUAACCGUUGUUUUUGCAAUAUUAGUGUGCUUGUAGGCUGUGAUUUCCAAUUUCGGGUACCUGUUUGGACUGUGCAGCACAUGAAGGCUUACCCCUCUUUGUACCGAGAAAUCUCGCCUAUUUCUCUAGGCCUUGGCCUUUCUACUCUGAAAAACCUGCUUUCUCACCCCUCCCUGAAGCAGGAAUUGUUGAAAAUCAAAGACAUGGGUGAAAAUGCUGCACUUGAGAUUCAGCAUAGCAAUAGGGAGAUUGCCCAGAUUGUAGCCACAGUUAAAUCUGCUGGAGACCACGCCUGGUGGGAGGUGCUUCUUGGAUGGUCUCCAAGUUCAAAUGGAGUACUAAAUAUUGCUCUCCACCCUAUUGUGGUGAUUUUAUUAUUUCAAGUGGCGCUAGUGAUCAGUUUGUUGCUGCUGGUCGGCUGGAUGAGGCGGCAAACACAAAGACUUUAUGAUUUAGAGAACCAGAUACAGGCCGCCAGAGGAAGGUUGUGAUGAGAAUACUUGCCAGAGCAAACACUCCUUUAAUGGAAGGACAUUGCCAGAUACCACAAUUGUGAUUUUAAGCUUCCAUCAUGUCUGUUUAUAGUUGCUAAGCUGACAUGGUCUAGCAGCUAAGGACAAGGUGCUUGACCUCCAGAACUGUCACAUUCUGUUGAAUGGCUGUGAAGAGACAGGAGCACAUCUGUGUGUUGUGUGUGGUUGUCAGUAAGGAAAGCCCAGUGCAUGAGAUCCUGUAUAAAUGGAAUGGCUAUGCUCAGUGUUAGAAACUGAGAUAUGAAAGCUAAAUGGCACCUUAAUCUUAGGUUAUGGGUGCAACAACGGAAUGUCUAGGCGUGCUUUUUAAUAGCGAGAAUACAAAGCUGAAAAUGAAUGAACUGCAGCUAAAAUCUUAUGUUCAUUUUUCACAUAGUCUAGUCCUUCCCCUGCCCACCCCCUUAAUAUUCUUAAGAGGGUCUCUUCUUCAGUCUUCAGAGAGUAGCUGGAAGUGGGAAGGCAGAAAAAGGUCCUCCUUUCCUUCCACUCUGCAGGUUUAAUCUGAAAUUUUAGGCGCAGUACUGCACCCAGAGCUCAGAAACUGAUCGAGCUGAAGAAAUUCCCUGUUGCAAAAUGUGCCUAGAACAAUGGGAGUUUCGAACACUGGCUAUGCUUGAUCGGGGCACCUGCUCUACACAGCUACGACCUAUACAUGAAUAAUACAAGCAUAGAGCUGGGGGAAAGGGCACAGCCUAACCCUAACUACCCUGCACUACAGAAUCCUUGGAUUCAGACUGUUGAAUGGGAGUCAUCCAUGCUGCUGGCAUUUAUUGAAAACACACCUAUUUGUUCUGCAUUUCCUGAUCAUUAACACUGGAUCAUACAGCUUGGAAUUUUUAAUAUGUGUGCAUAUAAAAUGUUUUUUAAUGUUUUAAUAUUGUAAACCACUUCAAUAUUUUUAAAUAGAAAGUAGUCUAUAAUUUUUUUUAAAAUAAACAAAAUACUCUGCUUCCAGUUGCAAUCUAUUUAUCUUGAGUGUGCACACAAUCCCACACACCCAGCAGUAGAACUUUACCUGGGAAAUAACCAGGAUCAUUUGUUUUUAUUUCUCUAGGGCAGGCAUGUCAAACCUACUGGGGAAGAUGGGAAUUGUAGUCCAAAACAUCUGGAGGGCCGCAGGUUUGACAUGCCUGCUCUAGGGGCUUUGUACUCUGAAAUGAAAUGAGCUUAGAGCCUUAUUAAUUUUUUCUUCUCCAGUUGCAGGACAGUACAGAGAAGCUUUAUUCAUGGAGCUUAAGUUGAGAUUCCAUAAUGCAAGCACCGUAGGAUUCAUUUAUUUCUCCUGUCCAUAACUUGCCUGUUCCUUGGGAUGUUGUCUCAUGGUCUAAUGUCCUUGGGAAACGUUCCAGACAUUCUGGCUAUCUCUAGCAGUAGCAUGCACUUAGCAGCGCCUCCUGUUUUACAGCCAAUAUGAUUGGUUGUCUGCCAAAGAGAUAUGCUUUGCCACCUGAGAAGGUCUGGGACAGUACCAAAAGAGCACAGUGGCAGCUGCUCUUAUACACAAACCUGAAAAUAAUAUACUUGGAAAAAACAAAAAUGGGAAUUAUUUUUUUCAUGAAAAACUUAAAUAAAAAUAAAUCCUAGGCAUAAACUCAUUAGCUGUUGACCCUUCCUGGUAAGUUCAGUUCUGGGAAUUGGCUGCUGCCUCAUAUGUUUGUGUACACAAAGCAGGUAGCGGACUGCUAACAUGUGGCCUUACUUUAAUGGCAGUGAGUACAAAUUGAAAUAGAUGUCCUGCUAGAACGGUGCUUGCUCCUCUGUAGUCUUUGGAAAUCUAAAUUCGAUCCCCAAACUCUUGGGGCACCGAGGUUCUGCUCAUCAGGCCUUCCUACUGUAUUGUGUCUUCUCUCCAUUGAUUCACCUUCCUUUAUGGCUUCCUCCUUGGGCUGCUUCUUCUGAGUUUCUAAAGUGCUGGUCAUAAGAAAUGCCUUAUGAAGGGAUAUUUUUUAAAGACAUUCCAUUUAUAGGUUAAAAGGGAAAUUGUGUAAAAUGCAUAAGUGAGACAAAGAGAUAUAAGUAAGAAUGACAUAGUGGAAGUAGUACAGUACUCCAUUUAGAUAUAACUAACAUGAUUUGGUGGUCAGAAAUGCAUCAUGGUUUGAGGAGUAAUGCCUCAUACUACUAGCCCCCUCCAGGUGUUCUACUCUUGCUGUAAAAGCAACAAGGGAGUGACAAGUGUGUUAAGCUCUUGCCAUUGCCAUCCUUCUUGCCUCCAUAAGCUGCACAGGGAGAGUAUCUGGAGCAGAAAGCCUCCUGAACUCAUGGAAGCUUCCUACAUGAUUUAGCACUCCAAUUUUUUCAGAAUUCAAAAAAAGAAAACCCCCACAGCUUUUUAAGAAUAUUACCCUUGUAGAGGGGAAUAUGGACAGGGUGAUCAGAACUUAGCAUUCUCAUCCCCACUUGCAUGUUGUUACUUGCACACAUGUAGAAUGUCUUAAGAAGGCUAUUCUAAUGCAGUAAGUCUCCAGUUUGAAUUCUCACCUGAGCGAUAGGGGAACCCUCUGUUUUCUCUUUGUCUCUCCCUCUGCAAUAGAGAGAGAAUAGUGUUAGCCUACUAUACAGGGAAGUUUGAAGGACUCCUGAGCUCAUGCACAUUAAAGGCUUUGAAUGCUUGAUACGUGCUAUAUAAAUGCAACAUAUAAUGUGAAAAAGGUGUUCUGUCGGCUGGAUCAAGUGUUGUAAGAAAAACAUACAAUAUAUUGGGGAAAAGGAGGAAAAUAGAUCCAGCUGGAUUAGUGCAGAUCCCUGGACAGAAAUAUUCAAUUGGCAAACUACCUUAUAAAAAUAAAAUGUGUACUGAUGCCAGAUAUGGUAACCACAAUUUUAAAGAUUUAAAUGGGCUCAAUCCAUACUUUGGGGGGUGAGCAGUGUGUGCUAAUUUUAAAGGGUGAGAAAAAUGCAGGCAUACUGUCAUGCCAGAUGUUUGAAGAGCUGCAUCAUUUAACAGUAAGUUAUUUCACAAAGCACAGUGCCACUUGAGUAGAGGACAUUGUCAACAGCAGCUAGUCCAUCAGGAAACAGAUCAUAAGCACUUUAAAAAGUAUAUUUUAAAAAAGCAGGUUCAGUUCAGAACUUUUGGCAUUUAAGUCUAUAGGGGGAUUACAUGUAUUUUAGACUGCUAUUGUUGCAACCUAAAGCAUGUCACUGUCUGCUAGACUGUCUGGUGUUUACCACCGGGUUCUAUUCACUUCAGUGGGGCAAUGAUGGGGCAACGUUACUGAAGCCAAUCUGGGUCUGGGAUCUUCUGCAUGCAAAGUCGAUGCCGUACCACUGAGCCACAGCUCUUCUUCCAUUAUCUUACCCAAAAGCAAAAAGGGGGCAGGUAAGGUACCAGAAUAUAGGGGCUGCCCCAGUAAAGAGCAGUGGGAGGCAGUGCUAAAAGGCUCCUGUGUGAAGCAGAAAGAUCUCAAAAAGCAUGUUAAGCAUUUCAUGUGAGAAACGAAUUUCUGCAGAGGUGGCCAGCAAACCCUGAAACUGUAAACUGGGCAGAUUCUAAAAUACUCCUGUGCAAAUGGUGAUUAAAAGCGGCACACUAGAAGAAACAUUCUAUGCUACGGUUUUGCUACCUAACUUCUGUGUUACUUCCCAUAAGAUACAUCUUGCCUGGGCACGCAUAGGUGUAGUGAAUAAAGCAUGUGACUUUGCACAAAAACUCAGAAUCUUGAGUUUGCUAGUGGAGGCAGUGAUUAGAUUGCUGACCAGAAAAUCAGUUGUGGGGAUUUGGUUUGAAAACAUGAUCAGCCUCAGAGGGUCACAAGUCUCUUAUCACCCACUGCACUUGUAAACAUUGUAGAUAUUAUUGUCCUCUUUCACCGUCGCCCCCCUUUGCAAAAUUUUCUUCUCAUGAGGUUUAUACUCAGAGGCAGAAAAGGUACAUGUGUCACAAUAACUUGAGCUGUGUAAUACUGUGAAGUAUGCAAAAUGGGACCACCAUAGGCAGGCCAUACUCAAACACUGCCUCGUUGAAGCCAAGUCUACACUUAUUUUUUUUCCAACUUGGAGGAAAGUUCCACUCAGAGGAAGAAGGAGAUGGCUGACCACAGGAGGAUAAGCAAGAGAGACCCAGUAACUGAGUAACCUUUUUACUGGCCUUGCUCCAGUGCUUUUAGAAACAGUUGGAUGUAAACAGUUAAGCAGGUGUAACUUUUCCUGGCAUGAACUUAAUCAGCUCUUUAAAUAUGUUUUUGUGUUGCUGCUAAAGUCAUAGGAGCAAGACCUCUGGGUAUAGGACAGUAUAUAUUCAACAAAAUAAAAAUAAAAAUAAGGUGGCUGCACUACUCAAAAUUCAGCUUUCAGUAUUUAGCAAAGCCAGCCCAGUGUCAAUAUGGAAGGAAUUGGAACAAGGGUUUCUCUCAAGGAAAAGUCUCAUUGAGUUCCAGUCUAAGGAUUGUGUAUAUUAUUUGUAUAAACAUUUCUGUACUACCUUUCGGUUUUAGAAAUAUGGUUAAUGAAAGCAAGAUCACAGCAAAAAGGCAAGUGACUUUUCCAAUGAAAGGUAAUCUAGGCAUGAAAUUCAAGGUGGGCUAAAUGCUGACUGUUCAGUCCAACUUACAAUUUACAAGGAAGUGGAACAGGAGCUGGAGGAAAUGAGAAAAGAGACCUGAGCGGAAGCUAGUAUAGCCCAAGGAAGCAGAGAAGAAGAAGACUACACAGAAGCACUGUAACCUGUUGCAAUCAGCCAAACUGAUUACUAGGAAGUACUUGGAAGUACUGUCCAGGAUUAGCAAUAGCCAAAGAGCAGUGGGAAGACUCUAUAUAAUAAAGUUUUUUAAAAAAAUAAAAUAAAAUAGCAACAGAACCUUCAGACCAAAGAUUCAAUGUGAUGGCAAGAAAGGCGGCUGCCAACACCCAGGGCUGGUUGGGUACAUGAACCAAGUUUAGCAUUUGUUGGCCAAGGUGUGGCUGAAGAAGCUGGAGCAGCUGCUGGUGGAUGGGCUGCAGCAUGAGCAUCCUGAGCUUGGCGGCACUGCUGGACCUCCUGGUUGGCCUCUGCACUGAGUGCAGCCAUGAUUCGCUGCCCCAAGAUAAAGGCUCAUCUCAGGCUUCCUUGAGUAGGAUUGAACCCCCUGAUUACUGAGAGCAACGUGGACAGGCUCCUCAGAGUCAAUAUCUACCUUUCCACUGGCCCAAGAGCUACAAAUAUUUACACAUACCGUAUUCUCUUUUUCUGUUGAUCUUCAAGGAGGUAGUGAGUCAAAAUUCAGCAAUUGAACAUAUGCAAAAGUUGCUUAGCUAAGCUGGUAAAGUUAUUGAAGAUAGACCGCAGAGUUAUUUAGCAUGAAUUUGUGCACCUGCGGUGUAUUUUGAUUUUACUAGUGGCAUGAGCAGAUGGCUCCCACCACCUUUCUUUUGACAGUAGAAAUGUUGAUUGUGGCUUCAGUUUCCUAUCUGCCAAAGACAUGGUGUGUGUGCGUGUGCGUGCGUGUGCAGAUAAAAUCUCAGACAGAAUGAAGGAGGAGAAUGUUCUCAACGCUAAUGCUCUUAAAUGAGAUCUUGUCCCGAUCAUGAUGUUGGUGAUGUGGGCACAGUCUGUUGGGAACUUGAGUGAGCCUCCCUAGAGCAUUUUCACAAUUGUUAUCCUAAUGCUGUUUGCUGACAGUAGCAGAAAGCCUCCCUUCCCCACUCAUUUUAUAUAGUCAAUUUUUAAAAAAACCUUUCAUCUUGUGUCCUUGGAGCCAACCCCUGAAUCGCCUUAUGGGCACAAUGUUCCUUUGUGUUUGUGCUGCUCUCUGCUUCCUUCACUCUGUUUUGAUUACUUACUACUGCUAACAGCUGCUUUCCGAGUUGCUGUGUUAGCUUUACUUAGGAUGACGGCUGGUCUUGCUUUCAUCUGCUGAAAUGGGUGAGGCUUUUAAGCGAGUGCUAAUUCCACAGGAAACAAAUCCCCCUGCCAUCUUCGGAAUGCAGGGUGUUGCAACAAAAACACAGUUGUAUGAAUAUGGGAUUUUCAGAGAACUGGAUGAAGCGUUAUAGGCACAGUAACCAUGCAGAACACUUGCAGCCUGAUUUGAAGCAUCUUAUUUAAAGGUAACUUUCAUUGAUUUCAAUGAGAAAUAUUGUUAAGUGUUAGGAUCGUGUGCUUUAUAACUGAUGCCAGCUUAGGACAAAGUAUGAACUUUUACCGGAGACUUGAGCAGUGUUGCAGAUUUUGUUUGCAGUGCAGGUGAGAUAACAGUCCCCAAAAUUCUGAAAAUUGUAUUUUCAGAAAAGGAUUCCACAUUGAAACCAUAAUACCUCUAACCUGGAAGCCGACAAGCAUGAGAUGAGUGUACUGUAUUAGCACUCUCCUGCUUGUGAUUCCCAGCAAUUGAUCUUCAGAGAUACCUGGAACCAGGAUCCUGAAGGUAGCCAUGAUCAUGAGCCUUAAAGUUGCACCAAAUUUUGACAUGCACUGUUUUUCAUAGGGAAAAUUAAUGCCUCAAAGUGGGUGGACCAUGUUUGUUCUACUUAAUAGCUAGCAGUCAGCAAGCUUUAAUGUUGUUUUGGGCCUACUGAAAGGAACAGAUUUGUAUGCAGCAGAGACAGCAGAUUAUAUUGUAAAGAAAGUGAACAGGGGCAUAAUCGUUCUAAAGUAAAAUACCGAAGCCCCAUUGCUCUGAUGGAGUUUAAAGAUGAAAGAAGUCUAAUUGGAAAUUGAGUGACUGUGUAUGUGCUUUAUUAUACGCCUUUCCAUGCCAAGCUUAAUCUCAACCCUGCACCAGAUGCUUUUUCCUGAACGUCUUGCAUUCAUUUUUUAUGCAGGUAUUAAAAACCGGAUUCACUUCAUUACUUUCAAACUACAGUGAAUAGUUUUUCCUCUGUGUGUGCCAUUUCCUACAGUGGAAGUGUGGGGAAGAGGGCCAAGGAUAACACUGCCUGUGAAUGGGGUCUCAGUUUCCUUUUAUAAGGCACUAAAGGGGAGCUCUCUUCACUUGUUUAAAAGCAUGCUGUUUUAUUUUUCUCACUUCUUUCACAUGAUUUCACUAUAAAUGAAAACAAAUGUUGUUUGAGCAGAACCUUGGGAGGCACCUUCUUUGAUCCUUAACAUAGAUAAAUGUAUAGAACUAAAGCUCUGAGCAAGAAAAGAGGGGAUCCUGCAUUUAUUUUUGUAAAUACAGGCAGAAGCAAGUGUUUGUGCUUGCAUGACACAAACGCACCCACACUUUUCCUCAAGGAUCUGAAAUGCUCUUAAGAUUGUUCACUCUGUCUCACACAGUCACUUUUAGUACUAGAGUUGGGAGGAUUUGGGUGUCAGUUUUAUUUUUCUGCGCUUACAUCUGUAGCUUUUUAUAUAGCCAUAUGAUUGCUUUCCUGCAACUUCCUUGAUCUCUUGUAUUCCAAUGUAGAACUUUUCCAUUAACUGAGUGCUACUUAGCACUGUGAGUUCUUAAUGUAUAAAAGUAGCAGGAUCCAACCCAGCUGAUAUAACUGAACUCUCCUCCACCAAAGGCAAUAAUGUUCAGUUUUCUCUAGCUGUUUUAAGGAGUCUGUGUGAACGAAUUGAGAGUGUUCUGUACAUUUCUUGUAUGAAGUAGCAUUACUAUUAUUAUUAGCCUUGAACACAGCUUUCAAAACCUCUCUUUGGCUCAGAUGUGUAUCUCCAGGAAACACUGAAAUGACUGCAUGGAAACGGCAUCCCUAAGGCAAAAGGAUUAGCAUCCAAAAGCCUGCCUCUCCAUCUAUUGCAGGGGUCGGCAAGGUUUACCUCGCCUGGGCCGGUUCACUCCAACGGAGAUCCCUCUGUGGGCUGGAUUGUGUGCACGGGUGAGCGUGCGCAGAUGCGAUUUCCAGCACCAUGGAAGCGAGUCCCCGUGCCGUGCUGCGCCAAUUUAGCACAGCGCACAGGGACUCGUUGAGCGGGCGGCUCGUGGGCCGGUUAAACGACCCUUAGGUUCCCUACCCCUGAUCUAUUGCAUACUUCAUUUUUGUUUCAAUUUCUUUAACUAUAAUAAGACGUUUUCUUAAUUACACCCCCCCCACACACACACACUUUUAACUUAAUUGCUCUAAGAAAGAAAGAAGGGCUUGGACAUUAAGUAUUCCUGCUUGGCCAGGCAUCAGAAUUGAGGCAAUGCUCACAAGAUACGGAACUGCCAAUUAUUUGCAUGAGUUGGCACACUUCUUGAUUCUGGAUGAAUUCAGUGAAAAGCCAUUCUUACAGCUAUUUUUCAUCAUGAUGGUGAUGCAUUUAUAACAAAAAUAGAUACAAAAGAAUGAGAGUGAUUUCUCAUGGCAAGAUUCCUCUUCAGGGUUAUGUCUAAGUUUUCUAAAAGGGUGCAGUAUGUAUGGCAGGGCCUUAGAAAUUCAACUCCCUGUGUUUUUAUCCCCUGCUAUUUGCUUCCUGGGUUAGACAUUCUGGGUAUGAGUUACAGGUAGGUAGCCGUGUUGGUCUGACGCACUCAAAACAAAAUUAAAAAAAUCAUUCCAGUAGCGCCUUAGAGACCAACUAAGUUUGUCAUAGGUAUGAGCUUUCAUGUGCAUGCACACUUCUUCAGAUAUGGGUAUGGUUAAUCAUAGAAACAGGAAGAGAUGGGAAACUAGCCCAUCUUACAGUUCUAUCUGGAAACUUUACAGUGAUAGUUUGGCUGCAUUGACCAGGGUAUGGAAUGUUAUUUACUUACGAAAUGAAUAGCUUGUUAGUUAGUAAUGAGCUAGGAUUCUGUAGAGAGCAUUAAGUAUAUGUAAAUAUGUUUUCCUUCUCUUGAUAAAAUGACAUGUUUCAGUUGUCCACUCUGAGAAAUUCAAUUUCAAUAACUUACUUUACCCUUAGUUUUUCAGCUGGUAGAUCUCUAGGAAGAAAAUCAGGUAAUAUCUAUAAAGGAGGAGUUAUUCAGUGAUAUAGCCUUUCCACUAUGGCCUGGGCUCAGUGCCACCAAAUCAUUUUGCAUCAGCAACCAGCCGGUAGAUGUUUCCUAUUUCACCUCUUUAGAAGGCAUAACACUGGUUUGAAUAUUCUUAGAAUGAAAUCAUUUAACAUAGCAGACAAAAGGAUAAUAUGAUCAGUUGGCUGACUGCUAAAACUAAGGACUCAGCUAGAUGGGUAAAGACAUAGCAUUUUAUACACAGGUAGUGCUGUGGGUUAAACCACAGAGCCUAGGGCUUGCCAAUCAGAAGGUCGGCAGUUCAAAUCCCCGCGACGGGGUGAGCUCCUGUUGCUCGGUCCCAGCUCCUGCCAACCUAGCUGUUCGAAAGCAUGUCAAAGUGCAGGUAAAUACAGCGGGAAGGUAAACAGCGUUUCCGUGCACUGCUCUGGUUCGCCAGAAGCGGCUUAGUCAUGCUGGCCACAUGACCUGGAAGCUGUACGCCGGCUCCCUCGGCCAAUAAAGUGAGAUGAGUGCCGCAACCCCAGAGUCGGUCGCAACUGGACCUAAUGGUCAGGGGUCCCUUUACCCCUUUACCUUUAUGUGUUGUAUAUGCAUUAUAACACUGUGACACCAGAUGGCGCUGUGGAGUCCCAUUUUUGCCAAUACGAUUUCUCAUACAAAAUUUACGUUUUCCUGAAACUCUUCUCUGAUGUGUCUAGAUCCAGCCCUAGGAAGGUCAGACUAGAAAGAAGGCACCUUUCUAUAAUAGGGAAUUUUGAUUUUGUUCUCAUCAGUAUACCACUGCCCAGAUACUAAGGACUGAUGGCUUAAUGGCUGAAUGUUUUCCCCAGCAUUAUAGCAUAUCUUGUAAGCUUGGUACCAUUCUGUUGUAUCUGAUAACAGCUUCUGCCACAGGGUUAAGUGCACAACAGUUGUAUAUCAAAUGUUUUGAAUUUAAAAGUUGCAUACCUGGCCAUGAGCUACCUAACACCUGUGCCACUAAGUCUGAUCAAUAUUUUGGAAUCUUGCACUGAGAUUACAGUAUUUAUAAGGCAGGUGGGCUUAUAAAUAGCAGUGAAGUCUUCUGCAUGGUGUUUGUAUGCUGUCCUUCAGUUUUGUUUUACUUUGUUUUGUUUGUCCUUCAGGGUGUAUAUGUUGAUUAUUAUUAUUAUUUAAUUACAAUUGACUCCCAUUUGCUCAGUUAGGUAGGGUGAGGGUAAGGCUUGAUUGUUGUUCUGUACCAAGACAGGAAUGCACAGCAGAUCUUCUUGUUAUUGCUCCUUGUGCUUGGAUCAGGGUCAACAUCUGCUUACAGUAAGAAAGUGCUCAAGUGAUUUUGGCAGCAAAAAGGAGGAUUGGUUACAACAUGUUGAAUACAAAUAAACCUAAGCUGGGUGUCUGAGCGCAUGGGUGUCUCAAAACAUUGUCGAAAGUGGUGUGAUCUCAGCUGAGCUGGAGAGGUUGUGACUCCAGCAAGUAAUCAGUCAUGCUAGCUACUUCUUGACAGCCCAGUAUAUGAUUGAAAUUUGAUAGCUAGCCUGUGUCUUUUGUCUGAUACGGUCUGUGUUUAGUCAUGCAGUGUCUAGAUGCAAUUUUGUGCAGGAUUUAUUAACUUCUGUAAAUAAAUGAAGUGUGUUGGGGACCCAGUAAACACAUGUCAGUUCUAGAGACCUUUUGAUGCCUGUCCUUCCACGGAUUCCUUUUUUGACCUACUUCUUCGUCUGUACAAAUAUAUAGUUGUUCAGUUUAAGUGCAUUGCAAACACCUUGAUUUCAAGCUGCUUCAGAAGCAAAGUGAAACUGUGUCUGUAUAUACCAGUAUCUGCUUCCCUGAAUUCAUACAACCUCCUGUCUUAUAAAUGCAAGUGAAGAUUCCACUCUUAAGUGCAUACAUCCAUAGCCUAACCAGCAGGGAUGGUGCUCUUAAGCUAGAUGAAUUUAAGUACUGUAAAGAUUCAAUUGUUUGACUAUUAAAGCCUCCUUUCCUAAUUAACAUUUUUGUGUUUGACAAACAAGCUUUUGCUCAUUUGCUUCUUUUGAUUCAUGUGCCUUUCCUCAGGUGCUUCUUUGGCGGGGAUGUUGAGCAAAGGACCACAGUAUUCAAUCACUGAGAAAAUGGAGUGUCAGCUCCCAACCCUUUUCUGCUCCUAGCUAGCUUGUCUGUCAUGACUGUUAGUCCUGCAGGGUACAGUGCCUGUGACAUGAGCUCUAUCAUUCCCGACCUGCGAUGACUAUGUUGUUCUAUGAUCUAUUCGGAAGUUUUAUCUGUUGUUGUGUUAAGCGUUUUUUUAAAGAGUUUGAGUGCUCCCCAUUACUUUUGUAAAAGAGUGCUCACCUAGCCUUUUAACAACCAAAAUGUGAUUAAAACCAGAAGCCUUAUCCUACCCCGUGCAAUAGUUUCCUACCUUUGCACUCCAUAGUAUUUGAAGGAUUGCUUGCAAUUAUAUGAGCAUUCUCAGGCAUUCAGCUGUAGAGGCCCAUCUCUGUUGCCCAUCCAGGACAGAUGUUAGGUUGAUGUUUACCAGGGACAGGGCCUUCUCAGCUGUAGCCCCGUACCUCUGGAAAUCACUUCUCCAUGGAAUAUGUUUGUCCCAAUUUCUGUUAACUUUUGGGAGAGAGCUUAAAUCAUUUUUAUUUCAACCCAGGAGGGUGCUUGUGCCCUGAAACCUGGUUUGUUGAAAAAUAAAUAAAGAAACAAAUAAAUAAAUACUAAAAACAGGUAACAGAAGUAGAGCUGUGUGCCCGUGGUAAAACUCUCAGCAAAGCUUCCCAGCAAAGUUAGCUAUUCCAUUCUGGUACUGGAUCCAUAUCGGCAUGAGUAUUUUUCCAAAGACAAGUAUGCAUGUGUGGCAGGUGGGGCUGUUCUAAAAGCCUUUACACAGCAGAAAUAAAUCUGUGGGGUUUAAAUCUGUGGUUUAAAGUGAUAUGAUACUGCAGAUGGGGUCCCAAAGGCAGCUUUGAGCAAACAGUUGUCAUGUACGUAUGCAGUCCUCAGGUAACUGCUGAAUUGUAACUUCUCCAUUCAUUUGGAUCUGAAUAGAGACAAUUGUUGCCUUUCCCACUACAGGUAUUGAUUACAGGUGCUAGGAUUAUUGUGUUAUCACCAAUUACUGUUGCUGUGAAGGGUCAGUUUGCAUGCAUUUUAAGGUCUUGUACUGAAUUCUUGCAUUACUUUACUGUUCAGCCUUACAUUUAUUUUCUUUCACACCAAAUUGUAUAUGCAUCUGAUGAAAUUGGCUCUGGUCCAUGGUAGCUUAUGCCACAAUAAUAAUAAAAAAGUAUUUAAGGUGCCGCAAGACUCUGUGCAUAGAAUGAAUUUCAAUGGAUUCUCUGCGGCAUUCCCUAAGUUGUGAAAUUUCAUCCCCACAGUGGUAUGUCAGGCUUCUUUGCUAUACAGAUUUCAGCGAAUGCUGAACACGUACCUCUUUACCUUUGACACCUGAGCUAGGUGUUUUCAGGGCCCACUCUGUUCCUGUGAUUGUAAUCUGUUUUAAUUUAAACAUUUAAAUUGUAACCUGCCCUGGGACCUGCUGGUGAAGGGCAGAGGAUGAUGAUGACUUCAUCAUUGCAGCAUAUUGAAUGGCUGUGGGCUUUUAAGGCUAAAAUCCAAAUAAAUUCUAUUGAAGAUAUUGCUCAAAAACAAAAAUGAAGAGACUUCUGGGUCAAUUAGACAUAAAUACGUAGGAUGGUACUAUGUGUUAAGAGCAGUUCUGAUAUUCUGUUACUGUUUUUCAUAUAAUGCAGCUUGCUGGGGCAGCAACCUGAAGAUGACUCUUGGGGAGGGGACAACUUGAGGGGGAGGAUUUUCGGCAGAAGAAUAGACUAAGAGGAAAGGGUUAAGCCCUCCCACCCUCUGCUGGUCUUGUGCUUCAAACUGUAGCCUCAGCAACUGCAUUGAAUAGCAAAUCCCUCAGCAUAUAGAGAAACAGAAACAUCUCUUUGAGCGGCAGAUUACAUGUGGUUUAUGUACAUACAAGUAGUCUAUUCCUGAGCAAACCCUCACAUGGACAAACAUAAUGUAUGAGGUGGAUACUCAAGGAUGUGAUUGUCAGCAGUUCCCAUGAUUGUAGUGACUGGAAAUAGUGCCACUGUGAUUAUGGGGAAAGUUGCUGGCCAUAGUUGCUCUUUCCUGUAUCGUAUCUUGCUCCUCCAUGCGAUCCAUUCUUAAGGAAGGUCAGGAAAUGGAAUAUGUAUGUACACAGCAGAUACAAUGUAAAUUGGUCUUAAGAGGGAAGGUGAUCAGGAUAUGGAAACAUUCUGUAAAAUGCUCAACACACUCUGGAGAUUGCGAGCCCCUUGUAUUUAUGUGGAGGGGAAAUUUUGCAGAGUUCUGUGCUUAAUGACAGUUCAGAGGUUAAAGUGAUUGUCCCGUGGCAUCUGUAUUUUUCAUAGCUUCCUAUUCCUUUCCUUAUACAACCUUGAGUGGCCCAUGCUCCUCAGCCCUUGAGGUUGAGGACAGCUGUCCUUGCCAUCACAUCCCAAGACUGUGAAAAUUGGCACAUUGCCAUUGGAAUACAUUGGCCUAGUUUGCAUUGAGUGCAGAGCUUGUGAUCCUAGCACAGAUUCCCAAUCCCUAUCACCAUGGCCCAUUGACCCUUUGGCCUUCUAGGACUCCAUAGCACAAUGUGUCCCUGCCAAUGCUCUUUAACAUUUUCCUUCUCUU